AUGCAUAGUGCUGCCUCUGCUCUAGGUCCCAUCCGGCAGGAAGCUGGCUAUUCUUCAUCAAGUCAGCCUCUUCAGAGAAAGGUGUUGCCUGCCGAAUCGGAGCUGAUGCUUCUGGAGCUCGGCGGCCCCGACACUUUGAAACUCGGCAAAGGUGUAUGCUUUGGGAUAGAGGAUGAUGUAGGAAACAAUGAUUCGGAGGUUUUUGGGGGGAAAAGGAAAAGAGUACUAAUGGACGGUAAUGAAGCACUUGGUAUGAAGCCCAAACCUGCUGAUGAGCUCAAAGUGAUGACUGAACUUGACGAUGAAGUACUAAAUACGCUUGAUGAUGAAGUAAUGAUUGAACUUGGCGAUGAAGUGCUGAAUGAGGUUGAAGUUGAAGUACUUGCCUCGCCUGAAAUUGGAUUGGCGAGUUGGGCAUCCAAAUCCAGAUCCAAAUCAAAGGGUGGUAUAUCGAAAGUAUGCCUGCUUGGACGAAAUACAGUGGGCUCUGCCGUAGGAGCCGAAACUGGAGAAUCCAUGCGCAAGGCAGCAGAGCCCGAGAUACCAUAA